AUGACGGAUUUCACGUCGGUAGGAGAUGGAUACCGUGGCAUCAUGGAGCAUGCGUAUCGCAACUUCACCGAUGAGAAGACCGGCGAGAUGGAAUUGUUCAUAUUCCCCGUCGUCGCAGAAACAUUCAAUGGCUACCUCAAGGACCAAAGCAAGUUUGCAGUGACGCCGGAGCACAUUAUUCGAGGCGUUAACAAGGCGACGGCAGACCGAGUGCCAGAGGGCAACACCAGAGGUGGAACGGCAAUGUUAUGCCAUCGCUAUAAGGGCGGCACGGGAUCCAGCAGCAGAACGAUCAAUGGAUACGAUAUAGGUGGUAAUCCGGCAACGUAUACCGUGGGAGUGUUGGUGCAAGUGAAUUAUAGCUCCCCCGAGAAUGUCCACGUCGGUGGCAUACCACUUGGCCGGAUCCUCAAGGAACCGGAAAUGGAAAUCGCGUCUCUAAAGGAUAGUGGUGAUGGAUCCAAGGAACCUCGCAAAGACGGCAGCAUCAUCCAUUAUAGCAACAGAUGCGCCUCUGUCGGGCUAGGCAAGGUUGGCGGCUACGGGAGGGACAUUUUCCUCGCCUUUUCAACCGCAAACAAGAUUGCGUUCCAGGAGUUCUCAAUGCAGGGACAGAGCGGGCCAGCCGUAGACCAGUAUAAGCCGUUUCUGAGAGCUAUUCAGAUGAGCGACAAUGAUUCAAUCAACUGUCUGUUCGAGGCAGCUGCGGAUGUCAUCGGGGAGGCAAUAUACAACAGAGUUUGCAUGGCUGGGACAAUGACGGCCGAAGCAAUAGAUUUGGACAAAAUGAAGGAAAUCGUCGGCGCACGACUGGUUUGA